GUGGCCGGCACUCUGUUCGUGUAGAGCGGGAGGAGAGGAGCUGGGCACCCGGAGCUGUGCUCCCCCGGGCUCUGGAGCUAUAAGAGCAGCAGGUCGUUGCCACCUUGGUCAAGGAGACCGGCGCCCGGAUUUACAGUGCUGAGACCAGCGGAGCAAAGUAUGCAACCGGAGGAUGCCUGAGGCUGGAGGGGGCUGCAGGCUAUCCCCGUGCAAAGGGAUACUAGUGGGAAUGAUCACCGUGUGGUGCACCCUCUGCUUUUCCCUGGUGACGGUGAGCGGGGUGCCAGCUGCCAGGCUUCCAGUUGCACAAUCAGAAGAGGACAAGCCGGAGAUAAAACCAGCAGACUACCUCAUAGAAGAAUCAGGCCCUCUUGAUGAACUAAUGUUUGGUGUUGGAGAGACUAUUGAGUUGUCAUGCAGCGUGGAGAGCCCUUCCAUGUCUAUCUUAUGGUUAAAAGAUGGGAUUGCAGUUAGGGAAAACAACCGAACACACGCAAGACAGAACCUGCUGAAGAUCACAAAUAUCUCCUAUGAUGAUUCGGGGAUUUAUAGUUGCACUUUGUUGCGCUCUACUGAGAUUUUGCGGAACUUUACUAUCAGAGUAGCUGACAUGCCGUCAUCUGGCGAUGAUGAUGAAGAUGAUGAUGAAGAAGCCGAGGAAAGAGAACCUCCGUCCUGGACCCAACCGGAAAAAAUGGAGAAGACUCUUUUCGCAGUUCCAGCUGCUAGUACUGUCCGAUUUAGAUGCGCCGCCGCUGGUAAACCCCAACCUACUAUCUACUGGCUGAAAAAUGGUAAAGAAUUCAGAGGGGAACAUCGCAUAGGAGGAAUCAAGCUUCGUCACCAGCAGUGGAGCUUGGUCAUGGAGAGUGUGGUUCCAUCUGAUAAAGGCAACUACACUUGUGUGGUGGAGAAUAAGUUUGGAACCAUUCGACAGACCUUUCAGUUGGAUGUGCUAGAGCGAUCUUCUCACCGACCCAUACUCCAGGCAGGGUUACCUGCCAACAAGACAGUUGUAGUAGGGAGCGAUGUGGAAUUUCACUGCAAGGUGUACAGUGAUGCUCAGCCUCACAUACAGUGGCUAAAACAUGUGGAAAUUAAUGGGAGUAAAUAUGGACAGGAUGGAGAUCCUUAUGUCUCAAUUUUGAAGACAUGGAUAAGCAAUAAUUCAGAAGCUGAUGAUGUCUUAAUUCUAUACAAUGUGACAUCAAAAGAUGAAGGAGAAUAUAUAUGUAGAGCCAACAACUUCAUCGGCAUAGCCGAAGCUGCAUUUUGGCUCAACAUUUACGAUCCAACAGCAGAACCAGUUGUCAAAGUAGAAGCCACUACCUCCAACUCUGUCAGUGUCCUAAUUGUGGUGACUGCAACCAUUGUGUUCUUCUUGGUGGUCAUUAUCAUCAUAGUCACCUACCGGAUGAAGAACACUUCCAAGAAAGCAAUGAACACUCCAACAGUGCAAAAGGUCUCAAAAUUUCCACUGAAACGACAGGUAACAGUGUCUCUGGAGUCCAACUCUUCCAUGAAUUCCAACACCCCACUGGUGAGAAUUACCCAUUUGUCCUCCACUGACGGCACAAUGUUGGCCAAUGUUUCUGAACUUGGGUUGCCGACUGACCCUAAAUGGGAAUUGUCCAGAUCUAGGUUGACUCUGGGAAAACCAUUGGGUGAAGGAUGCUUUGGUCAAGUUGUCAUGGCUGAAGCUAUUGGUAUAGAUAAGGAUAAGCCCAACAAAGCCUUAACUGUAGCUGUGAAAAUGUUGAAAGAUGAUGCCACUGAUAAGGACCUCUCGGAUCUGGUGUCUGAAAUGGAAAUGAUGAAGAUGAUUGGAAAGCAUAAAAAUAUCAUCAACCUCCUGGGUGCCUGCACUCAAGAUGGUCCUCUCUACGUCUUGGUGGAAUAUGCAUCCAAAGGGAAUCUAAGGGAGUAUUUAAGGGCUCGCCGUCCUCCCGGGAUGGACUACUCAUUUGAUACAUGCAAGAUUCCAGCUGAGCAGCUCACUUUCAAGGAUUUGGUCUCCUGUGCUUACCAGGUCGCCCGUGGCAUGGAGUACCUAGCAUCUCAAAAAUGUAUUCACCGAGACCUCGCAGCUAGGAACGUGCUCGUUACCGACGAUAAUGUGAUGAAAAUUGCAGAUUUUGGCUUAGCCAGAGACAUUCACAAUAUAGACUACUACAAGAAGACCACAAAUGGUCGGCUGCCUGUGAAAUGGAUGGCUCCGGAAGCAUUGUUUGACCGUGUCUACACCCACCAGAGCGAUGUAUGGUCAUUCGGAGUGCUUCUCUGGGAGAUCUUUACUUUGGGGGGCUCUCCAUACCCUGGGAUCCCAGUUGAGGAACUGUUUAAGCUCUUAAAAGAAGGCCAUCGAAUGGACAAGCCAGCCAAUUGCACACACGAGCUCUACAUGAUUAUGAGAGAGUGCUGGCAUGCUGUCCCAUCACAAAGACCGACAUUCAAGCAGCUUGUUGAAGACCUUGACCGCGCUCUUACUGUCACAUCUACUGAUGAGUACCUCGACCUCUCUGUGCCAUUUGAACAGUAUUCACCAGCGUGCCAGGAUAGUCACAGCACUUGCUCAUCAGGAGACGACUCAGUCUUUGCACAUGAUAUUCUUCCAGAUGAGGUCUGUCUUCCUAAGCACCAGCAAUAUAACUGCAUCAUCAGAACAUGACUUUUUAAGCCAGACACCCAGGAGGAAUGUAGACUAGAGGCAUAUGGACAGAAGUGCCCAGUCGUUACAAGGAAUUUUUUUUCUUUGAGCCGUAUAAAGUACUUGCUGUAUACAAAGUCAUGAAGCACUGUUUGGCCUGAAGGAACUUAUCACGUGCCAAGAUAUAGAGAAGACGAAAAGAGAAAUAUAUUAGAAUUUAUAUAUUUGAAAAGGAGAAUGUUAACACUAGGGAUCCUUGUGCUGUGACCCUCCUAGUGACCGAAGAGGAGCAACCAAUCUGUGCCUGUGAUGCUAGAAGAGAAUCCAGUAAAUCAGAACACACUCCGAACUAAACUGCAUGUAUUUUUGUUUUGUUUUUUGUUUUUCAUGCAAUGUGAUGAAUGUUUUUGGGGCAAAACUCAAACACUGUUCUGCUUUUGGGUAUCUGAGUAUUAGUACAACUUUUUGAGUGCUCAUAUAGUCUAUCUGCUUUUUUUCUAUAUUUUUGGGGAAGAAAGGGAUGGAAACAGAGCUCUUACCUAUAAGUCUGCUCAUGCCAAUUAAGGCAGAGUACCCCCCCCCCCCCUUCCCCUUCAAAUCCUUAUAUGCUUUUGGUCACACUUGCUACUUUUCAGAACUUCUAUUGCCACCACUAACCCCGAGCACUUGUAGCAGAUCAGAAAGCACAUGCAAAAAUGGCUGAUUUAAUUUAAAACUAAAAAAGUUAUCAAAAUUGUAGCCUACACGAUUUGCUGUAAAAUGUACAUUUUUAAAUUUACAAAUUUAAAUGUUUUACUUUCGUUAAAAAAAAUACUGUUCAAAAUGAAUUACCACUGGUAAUUUCUGCUCCUUAAAGGGUUUGGCCCAUCUCACACAUUGGGGGCAUCACUAGGAUAUGGCACCAAUGUCCCACCUUUCUAGAACUGAGCCAGCAGACCGCGCAUCCUCCUCCAUUCAUUUUUAUGGGAGUGCCAAAGGCAGCCGAGUGGUGAGCUUGGCUAUUUUCAGAAGUCCCAUAGAAAUGCAUGGGAAGUGCACAGCGCAGCCGCCGCUCCAUUCACUUCAGAAAUAGCGGAGCCAGUGCUUGGCUAUUUUCAGAGGUCCCAUAGAAAUG